AGAGGGGGAGGGAGAACUUACCUCCAUAAAUGGUCCCACCCCUGGGCAAGGAGGUUCACUCUGGCAGGUAGCAACAGAGGUGUGUACACCUGCUUCAGUCCAGCUCGGCCAGAUUGUGAGAAGAGACUAGGCAGAGCAAGCUGAAGGAGUGAGUGAACCAUGGACAAGUUGAAGUGUCCAGGCUUCUUCAAGUGCAGAAGAAAGGAGAAAGUGACAGCUUCAUCUGAAAAUUUCCAUGUUGGUGAAAAUGAUGAGAAUCAGGAACGUGGUAACUGGUCCAAAAAAUCAGACUAUCUUCUGUCUAUGGUCGGAUAUGCAGUGGGACUGGGAAAUGUGUGGAGAUUCCCGUAUCUGACUUACAGCAACGGUGGAGGUGCCUUCUUGAUACCUUACACAGUUAUGCUGGCACUGGCUGGUCUACCACUGUUCUUCCUAGAGUGUUCAAUGGGGCAGUUUGCUAGCUUGGGUCCAAUUUCAGUCUGGAGGAUUCUUCCAUUGUUUCAAGGUGUGGGAAUUACAAUGGUCCUGAUAUCCAUUUUUGUGACAAUCUAUUACAAUGUCAUUAUUGCCUAUAGUCUUUACUACUUGUUUGCGUCUUUUCAAAGUGAACUUCCAUGGAAGUAUUGCUCGUAUUGGUCGGAUGAGAACUGCAGCAGGUCGCCGAUAGUAACCCAGUGUAAUGUCAGCACUGGAACAGGGGAGAGCAUCCAAGUGAAUAAAAGCUGGAUUAACCUCAACAAUCUGACCUGCAUCAAUGGGAGUGAGAUUUAUCAGCCAGGGCAGCUUCCUAGUGAACAGUAUUGGGAUAAAGUGGCGCUCCAACGAUCAAGCGGAAUGGAUGAGACUGGAGUCAUUGUGUGGUAUUUAGCACUUUGUCUUCUUCUGGCUUGGCUCAUAGUUGGAGCAGCCCUAUUCAAAGGAAUCAAGUCUUCUGGCAAGGUGGUUUAUUUUACAGCUCUUUUCCCUUAUGUGGUCCUACUCAUCCUUCUGAUACGAGGAGCAACCCUGGAGGGUGCAUCCAAAGGCAUUUCAUACUAUAUUGGAUCACAGUCGAAUUUUACCAAAUUGAGAGAAGCUGAGGUUUGGAAAGAUGCUGCUACCCAGAUAUUCUAUUCCCUUUCAGUGGCUUGGGGUGGCUUAGUUGCUCUAUCGUCUUACAAUAAGUUCCAUAAUAACUGCUACUCUGAUGCCAUUGUAGUUUGCUUGACAAACUGCCUCACGAGUGUGUUUGCUGGAUUUGCUAUUUUUUCUAUCCUGGGACACAUGGCUCAUGUAUCUGGAAAGGAAGUCUCUCAAGUUGUAAAAUCAGGUUUUGAUUUGGCAUUUAUUGCUUAUCCAGAAGCUCUAGCCCAGCUCCCAGGAGGCCCAUUUUGGUCCAUAUUAUUUUUCUUCAUGCUUUUAACUUUGGGUCUCGAUUCUCAAUUUGCUUCUGUUGAAACUAUUACAACCACGAUCCAGGAUUUGUUCCCCAAGCUGAUGAAGAAAAUGAGGGGUCCUGUAACUUUGGGUUGCUGCUUGAUUUUGUUUCUCCUUGGGCUCGUGUGUGUGACUCAGGCUGGCAUUUACUGGGUUCUUCUGAUUGACCACUUCUGUGCUGGAUGGGGCAUUUUGAUUGCAGCCAUACUGGAAACAGUGGGAGUCAUCUGGAUUUAUGGAGGGAACAGAUUUAUUAAAGACAUAGAAAUGAUGAUUGGCACAAAGAAGUGGAUAUUCUGGUUAUGGUGGAGAACUUGUUGGUUCCUCAUUACACCUAUCCUUUUGAUUGCAAUUUUAAUCUGGUCACUGGUGCAGUUCCACAGACCCGAGUAUGGCCAAAUUCCAUACCCUGACUGGGGAGUUGCUCUAGGCUGGUGUAUGAUUAUUUUCUGCAUUGUUUGGAUUCCAAUUGUGGCUGUCAUAAAAAUAAGUCAGGCUAAAGGGAACAUUUUUCAGCGCAUCAUAAGCUGUUGCAAACCAGCUUCUAACUGGGGUCCGUACCUGGAAAGACAUCGUGGGGAGAGAUACAAGGGCAUGACAGAUCCCAAAAGAGAGUCUCACCUUGAAAUACCUACUGUUAGUGGCAGUAGCAUCCCAGAAUGAAAACUCACUAUAUAUGUGGUUGAAACCAUGGAAACUAAAUAGUUUGAAAAUGUGUUGAAAGCGUGAUUAUCAGACUAGGAGGGAAUCUUAUUUAUUUUUAUGUUAAUUGAGUAGAAAAUUGUAUAUACUUGUUCAUUACACUGAUAUUUUUUUCUAUUUAAACAGGAAUGUUUUACAGAAAUGUGAAUCUAUUGUUUA